AUGCUUGCCUGCAAGUCCGCUAAUGUUGAACCCAAUCGGGUGCACAUCCACGAUGCUCCUCUGGCCCCGGACCAUCGCAUGGCCAGGUUGAACAUCGAGCAAGUCGGCUUGGAAGACUUCGACGAGGAGGAGGAAAUCGAGCUCGGUCAGACUGAGCAGCAGAAGCAGGAGAGCGCCACGCGGAACCUCACCGAGGGCGACGAUGCUCUCCGCGAGGUGCUGAAGAAGUUCGAGCGGAAGGAGCCCUCCUUGAUGGCCUGUGCUGCCACGAACUUGUCCUUCCUGUACUUCUUGGAGGCAGAGCACACGCAAGCAGAGAAGUACGCAGACAUUGCAGUGAAGGCAGACCGAUACAAUGCUCGAGCGCUCGUGAACAAGGGCAACUGCAUGUUCAUGAAUGACGAGUUCGAGCGUGCGAAGGAGGUGUACCUUGAAGCCAUUGGAGUCAGUGCUGACUGCCUGGAGGCGAUCUAUAAUCUCGGCUUGGUCAACAUGCACAUUGGCAAGUACCAGGAAGCCCUCUUGGCCUUUGACAAGCUCCACUCCAUCACCCACGUGAAUUGUGAAGUGAUGUGGCAGCUUGGCGACAUCCACGAGAAGCUUGGGAAUCAUGCCAAGGCUCACGAGUGGUUCUCGCUUUUGGUCACGUCGCCGAAGGGGCGGCCAACAGAUCCAGGUGUUUUGGCACGCCUCGCCAACCUCUUCAACAAAGCGGGAGACGAGACGCAGGCGUUUCACUACCACCUGGAGUCCUACAGGUACUGGCCGGUAGACAUGAACGUCAUCACCUGGCUCGGCAUUUACUACGUCAAGCAGGAGAUGUACGAGGCAGCGAUCCCCUUCUUCUCUAGGGCGUCUCAGAUCGAGCCAAACGAGGUGAAGUGGAGGCUCAUGGUUGCGUCUUGCUACCGGCGGAUGGGUGCAUACCCUGCUGCCCUGAAGCUCUACGAGGAUAUCCACAGGUCGCACCCGAAUGACAUCGAGUGCGUCAGGUACCUCAUAACCAUUUGCAAGGAGAUGAAGCAGAAGUACGACCACUACGCAGCUCACCUUCGAAAACUGGAGAGAUUGCAGGCAGCGAACGAGCAGCCGGGACGGAACAUGGGCACAGUUUCGGCCAUCGGACAGGGAGGUCUUGAGGACAGUCCCCGCGGCGAUAGCGGCGACAUGGGUGGCUUCGGCGGGUCUCGAGGCCGUUUCGACCAUGACGAGGAUGAUCCGCCCCCUCCUCCUGAGGCUCCAAGGCCGCCUGUGGAGCUCUACGAAGCCGAGGCAGAUCUGCCAGCCAAAGGAGACGUUGGAUCCAAGGUAUCGAGGUACUCCUGUGAAGGCCGAAAAGGCCGAAAUCUCGAAGCCAGGACUGGGGCAACGAUGACCUCGGAGACGUCCUGCCUCCGAUGUGACAUCUCCAGGAUGCGUCUUGCAACCUGCCGCGACAGCCGCGAUGCUGUACAGAAGGCCCAAGGCUCGGAGACCCUGACAGCAGAUUCGCAAGGUGAACGGGAUGCUAACGAGCACAUUUGUGGCUGCAUCGUACCGUACUCUGUCACCUUGAAUGUUUCACCCGGUAUUUUCGCCUCCAGACUUAGCCACGCUGUGCCACCCAUGGCGAGCACCGCGCAAAAGACAUGGGAGCUGGAGAACCAGGUGGUGCAGAUUGACGACGCAGCAAUCUACGCUUUCGACCAGGCCGAGCAGGACGCCAUCUACGACAAGAAGCCCUGGAGGGAAGACGUUCACUUCUUCAAGAAUGUGCGCAUGUCUGCCAUCGCGCUGAUCAAGAUCAUGAUGCACACGAAGUCUGGGGCACCGUUGGAGGUCAUGGGCCUGAUGCAGGGCAAGGUCACACCGGACAGGACCUUUAUCAUCAUGGAUGCCUUUCCUUUGCCUGUUGAGGGCACGGAGACUCGGGUGAAUGCCGGUGCUGGAGCGAACGAGUUUAUGGUGACAUUUACUGAGACAUGCGAAAGGAUUGGCAAAGUGGAGAAUAUCUGCGGCUGGUAUCACUCGCAUCCGGGCUAUGGCUGCUGGCUGAGUGGCAUUGACGUCCAAACUCAGAUGACGUAUCAGCAGCAUCAAGAACCCUUCUUGGCCGUGGUGGUGGACCCUGUCCGAACGUGUGCCUCCGGCAAAGUCGACAUCGGGGCCUUCCGCACCUACCCCGCCGGAUAUUCUCCACCGGAUGAGGGGCCUGGGGAGUACCAGUCCAUCCCGCUAGACAAAAUCGAGGAUUUCGGCGUUCACUGCAAGCAAUACUAUACUCUUCCCAUCGAGAUCUUCAAAAACAGUCUG